AUGGCAUCGGUCCAAGCUUACGCACAGUGGGUUACGGUUCAUCUCAUCAAUAGCAUGUCUUCCGAGACCUUGAGUAUCCAGAAUGCUAGUCUCUCCUGGGGCAAGUGGUACAAGGACGGUGACAAGGACGCCGAAAUCACAAGUGAAGAUGUUCAGCAAAAGACGGCACCCCCAGGCGGUUCCGUGAACGUCAACUCUUGCGGUCGCAGCGACGCUUCGAGUGGAACGACGGGAGGUUUUGAUUUGUAUGACGGCAAUACCAAGAUUGGAAGAGUCCACUGGGACUGUCCAUGGGGUUCUAAAACCAACGAUUUCGAUGUUGGAGAGAGAAACAAAAAUUACUGGGUCGAAAUUGGAACGUGGAACAAGUAUGGUGGUGCCAUUGGCACUGUUGACGUUGAAGUUGGAAGGAAGCGCUGA